AUGGAUUUUCAAGCGGCAACAGAUGCAAUCAAAUGUCGCGCCUUCCAGAUCUCGCUUACCGGCAGCGCGCGCUUGUGGUAUCGAAGAUUGCCGGCCAGGUCGAUCUCGACCUACUCUCAGCUGAGGAGAGAGUUCAUCGCUCAAUUCUCUUCUCGAAAUUAUGACAGAAAAACAGCGACUCACCUCGCCACCAUCAGACAGAAGGAAGGUGAGACGCUAAGAGGAUAUGUCACAAGGUUCCAGGAAGAGCAGUUUAAGGUCGCGCACUACUCCGAUGACUCUGCCAUGUGCUACUUCCUCACCGGCCUGACCGACGAAGCCCUCACUGUGAAGCUUGGAGAGGAGGCUCCAGCUACCUUCGCCGAAAGUAUCGAAGGGCGGAGAACGGCUCCAGUCGGAGCCGACCUUAUGAGUGUUACACUCAUUACCACCAUUCUGAUCUCCGAGAUCCUUACAAAUAUCGAGGAGUCUGGAAUGGAAAAACUCCUCAAACGACCUGAGAAGCUCAAAGAAGACCCGGAGAGGCGCAACAAGGACAAAUAUUGCCGUUUCCAUCGUGAGCACGGCCAUAACACAUCAAACUGUUGGGAAUUGAAGCGCCAGAUUGAAGACCUCAUUCAAGAUGGCUACUUCAAGAAAUUUGUGGGGAAGCCGAGGUCCAACUCGGCCGUUCCCUCAACACUCCAUCAAGUUCUGAAGUACUCAACCCCUAAUGGAGUGGGUACGGUCCGAGGAGAGCAGAAAGCUUCAAGGGAGUGCUAUGCCUCCGCACUUAAAGGGUCAUUAGUAUGUGCCCUAGAAGAACACGCCAACGGGGACGAGUUACUGAAGUCCGAGGCCGACCUACCAAGAGUAGGUAAAAGGGAGUUCUCCGCGCCAACUGAGGAGCUCGAGCUUGUUCCUUUGCUUAGUCCUGAAAAAUGA